AUGCUCUCACGACGCGUUUUCCAGCAGCUUACCGACAGCGUCCUGCUGUGCUCGAGUUACAGACCAGCGGCGUCUUCUUGUGUCGCUGCAAGAUGUACUUGUUGCUGCGCUCGUAGCCGAACAAAUACAAUCUCCGUUCGCCCCUCCUCGUCCUCGUCGACGAGAUGGAAAUCGCGCCAGGGAAAUGAUUUCUUUGCCAAAGAGGCUCGUGUCCAAGGCCUGAAGAGUCGUGCCGCGUUUAAGCUGCUUGAAUUGAAUGAGAAGCACAAGCUGUUCAAACCCGGCCAGACUGUCAUUGAUCUGGGCUUCGCGCCGGGUUCAUGGUCCCAAGUCGCAGUAAACCGCACAUCUCCAGAAGGCCGCGUCAUUGGCAUUGACAUGAUCCCUGCGCAACCCCCUCGAGGCGUCUCUACCAUCCAAGGCGACUUCCUCUCGCCUGCCAUCCAGGGCGAAGUCCGCGCCUACGUGCGCGACCCCGAGCUUGGGCGACAGCGCACGCAAACUAUAUCUACACAAAGCGAUGGGGUCACGGAAAAAGAGCUGGAUGUUAUGGAACGAGGCUACAUCGAUAUGGAACGACAAGCGCAUCUAGGCGGCGCAGAGACGGCACCAGAAGAAACAAACGAGCAGGCUGCAGACACCAAGUUGACGCGCAAGGAGCGCGAUGUUCAGCAAGGACGGUCUGUCGAUGUGGUGUUGAGUGACAUGUCAGAACCCUGGGACCAAGUCGCUGGCUUCUAUAAAAAGAGCCUUAGUGACCCGUAUUUUAGGAUGAUGAACACCAGCGGCAAUGGGUUUAGAGAUCACGCUGGUAGUAUGGACCUUUGCAUGGCCGCGUUGACGUUCUCGUUCGACACACUGAAGACUGGCGGCCACUUUUUGUGCAAGUUUUAUCAGGGGGAUGAGGAGAAGGCUUUCGAGACGAAACUGAAGCGGAUGUUUGCCAAGGUACACCGAGAGAAGCCUGGUUCGUCACGCAGUGAGUCGAGAGAAGCGUACUUUGUGGCUCUGCGCCGCAAGGAGGCACCGACAAGAGAGGAGGUUUUCCGGUGA